AUGCCGGCCGGUCAAGACUACAAAGCAACACUGCUUCCCCUCCUGAUCUCGAACAAAGUCCUCUCCUUCGGCACCUACACCCUCAAAUCCGGCCGUGAAUCCCCCUACUUCUUCACCUCCUCCCUCCUACACACCGCGCCUCUUCUCCGGGCCACCUCCGCCGCCUACGCGAGCGUCCUCUCUGCCCCGCCCUUCGUCACCACCGCCGCCGACGGCACAACAACCCCCAACUUCGACAUCAUCUUCGGCCCCGCCUACAAGGGAAUCCCCAUCUGCGCCGCUGUGGUCAACGAGCUUGCCGUGCGCGACUCGCUCGCUGCCGCGCCCAAGGGAACAUGGGACAACGUCAGCUACUCGUUCAACCGCAAGGAGGCGAAGGAUCACGGCGAGGGCGGUAACAUUGUCGGCGCCCCGCUGAAGGGGAAGAGGGUUGUUAUCGUCGACGACGUCAUUACCGCUGGGACGGCGCUGCGCGAGGCUGUUGGGAUCAUUGAAAAGGAAGGCGGCAUUGUCUCUGGUGUUGUGGUUUUGUUGGAUCGCGAGGAAAGGGUUAGCGAUACUGAGAGCAAGAGCGCGAUAGGUGUUGCGCAGAGGGAUCUCGGGGAGAAGAUUCCUAUCCGGUCUGUUAUUGGCCUUCACGAUUUGAUUGAGAAGCUUGGUGGUGAGAUUGGAGAAUCCGAGGUUCAGCGCCUGAAGGAUUAUCGGGCUCGCUAUGGUGCUGAAUAG